UCCGGCGCCCUGCCAGUCUGCAGCUAACGGGCGAUGAGGGCAGCUAGACCCUCUUGGGACGAAUGCAGGGGAGGCGGCGUCGUCACUUCCGGCGCUCUGUCAGUCUGCGGCUAACGGGCGAUGAGGGCAGCAGACGAAGGCAGGGGAGGUCGGGGGCGGAGGGAGCGAGUCUGAGACCGACGCUGCCGACCACGGGCCUGCGGGAUCCUUUUCACGCAGUUAUGAGAAAGAAGAGGAGAACCUAAACAGGGAGGGGGGAAAAAAGAAAGAAAAAAAUAAAGUAGACAGGGGGUAGCUUCACCGCGGGGGUCAGCCGCUGGACUGCUGCGGGGGGGUGGGGGGGCGUCGUGUAUGUUUUUGUGAAGUUGAGCGCGACCGCCGGGAUGCUGCGCUGGAUACGACAGCAGCUGGGUUUCGACCCGCCUCAUCAGAGUGACACUAGAACAGUCUAUAUAGCCAACCGGUUUCCCCAGCAUGGUCACUACACCCCCCAGAAGUUUGCCGACAACAGAAUCAUAUCGUCCAAGUACACUAUUUGGAAUUUCGUUCCGAAGAAUUUAUUUGAGCAAUUUAGAAGAAUAGCCAAUUUUUAUUUUCUUAUCAUUUUCCUGGUGCAGCUGAUGAUAGACACUCCCACUUCUCCUGUGACCAGCGGACUUCCCCUCUUCUUUGUAAUCACUGUAACGGCCAUUAAGCAGGGCUAUGAGGACUGGCUGAGACACAAGGCCGACAACGAGGUGAACGGGGCACCUGUGUUCGUGGUGCGGAGUGGCAGCCUGGUGCAGACGCGCUCCAAGAACAUCCGGGUGGGCGACAUCGUGCGAGUGGCCAAGGAUGAGACCUUCCCGGCUGAUCUGGUCCUCCUGUCAUCUGACAGAGAAGAGGGGACGUGUCACAUCACUACCGCCAGCCUGGAUGGGGAGACCAAUCUGAAGACACAUUUUGCAGUCCCAGAGACGGCUGUAUCCCAGACCGUGUCCAAACUGGAGGCCCUCCAAUCCGUGGUAGAGUGCCAGCAGCCAGAGCCGGACCUGUACAGGUUCGUUGGCCGGAUCACUGUGUCGCAGCAGGGGGAAGAGAUCGUAAGACCCUUAGGACCAGAAAACCUUCUGCUUCGUGGGGCGAGACUGAAAAACACCAAGGAAAUUUUUGGAGUGGCUGUUUACACGGGGAUGGAGUCCAAGAUGGCUCUGAACUACAAGUGCAAAUCGCAAAAACGCUCGGCUGUGGAGAAGUCGAUGAAUACCUUCCUGAUCAUCUACUUGGGCAUCCUGCUGUUCGAGGCCAUUCUCAGCACUAUCCUGAAGUACGCUUGGCAGUCUGAGCUCAAGUGGGAUGAGCCCUUCUACAACAGGAAGACGGAGCAGGAGAGGAACAGCAGCCAGAUCCUGAAGUUCAUCUCUGAUUUCCUCGCUUUCCUGGUGCUCUACAAUUUCAUCAUCCCCAUCUCACUGUAUGUGACUGUGGAGAUGCAGAAGUUCCUAGGUUCUUUUUUCAUUGGCUGGGAUCUGGACCUUUACCACAUGGAGAGCGACCAGAAGGCCCAGGUCAACACCUCAGACCUCAACGAGGAGCUGGGCCAGGUGGAGUACGUUUUUACGGACAAGACGGGCACCCUGACCGAGAACGAGAUGCACUUCCGGGAGUGCUCCAUCAACGGGGUCAAGUUCCAGGAGAUUAAUGGCAAGCUGGUACCAGAGGGAAUGACAGACGAUGCCCCAGACGGCUGUAUGCCACUCCUGAGCACAGAGGAGGAGCUUUUCCUGAAGGCCGUGUCACUCUGUCACACGGUGCAGAUCAACUACGAAGAGCCGGAUUGUGUCCGCGACUCCUUCCACCACGCCAAUGGUGUCUCGUUGCAGAUGGAGUACUACGCCUCAUCCCCAGACGAGAAGGCGCUGGUGGAGGCCAUGAAGAGAAUGGGCGUUGCCUUCACUGGGAACAAUGGGGAAAUCAUGGAAAUCAAGACGUUUGGUAAAUCAGAGAGAUAUAAGCUGCUGCACGUUUUAGAGUUUGACGCAAACCGAAGGAGGAUGAGCGUCAUAUUACAGACGCCGACAGGCGAGAAGGUGCUGUUUACUAAAGGAGCCGAGUCGUCCAUCUUCCCUCACGCCAAAUCCGGCGAGGUGGACAAGACCCGUCUGCACGUAGACGAGUUCGCUCUGAAAGGCCUGAGGACCCUGGUGGUGGCCUGCCGGCGCUUCAGCGCCGCCGAGUAUGAGGAAGUGGACCGGCGCCUCCACGAGGCCCGCACGGCGCUGCAGCAGCGCGAGGAGCGCCUGGCCGAGGUCUUCAGCUUCAUCGAGAAGGACCUCGAGCUGCUGGGGGCCACCGGCGUAGAGGACAAGCUACAGGAGAAGGUGCAGGAGACUAUCGAGGCACUGCGACUGGCUGGCAUCAAGGUGUGGGUGUUGACUGGAGACAAACAUGAGACUGCGGUGAGCGUCAGCCUCUCCUGCGGACACUUUCACAGAACCAUGAACAUCCUGGAACUGGUGCAGCAGAAGUCGGACAGUGAAUGCGCGGAGCAGCUGCGGCAGCUGGCCAGGAGGAUCCGGGAAGACCACGUGAUCCAACACGGCCUGGUUGUGGAUGGCGCCAGCCUGUCGCUGGCUCUACGGCAGCACGAGCGCCUCUUCAUGGACGUGUGCCGCAGCUGCUCGGCUGUACUCUGCUGCCGCAUGGCACCCCUGCAGAAAGCCAAGGUCGUGCGGCUGAUAAAGACCUGCCCAGAGAAGCCCAUCACGUUAGCCGUCGGAGACGGAGCCAAUGAUGUCAGCAUGAUUCAGGAGGCCAACGUCGGCAUCGGCAUCAUGGGCAAAGAGGGGAGACAAGCUGUGCGAAACAGUGACUAUGCAAUAGCGAGGUUUAGGUUCCUUGCCAAAUUACUCCUGGUCCACGGCCACUUCUACUAUAUUAGAAUAGCAACCCUUGUACAGUACUUUUUCUACAAGAAUGUGUGUUUUAUCACUCCCCAGUUUUUGUACCAGUUCUUCUGUCUGUUUUCACAACAAACGCUGUACGACAGUGUUUAUCUGACCCUGUACAAUAUCUGCUUCACGUCUCUGCCCGUCCUGGUGUACAGCCUCUUUGAGCAGCUGGUUCACCCACACGUGCUGCAGAACAAGCCAGGUCUGUACAGAGACAUCAGUAAAAAUUCCCUCCUGUCCUUCAGAACCUUCCUGUACUGGACACUGCUGGGGUUUUUUCACGCCUUUGUUUUCUUUUUUGGCUCCUACAUCCUAAUGGGCGAGGACACCUCCCUCAUGGGCAACGGGCAGAUUUUGAGAGCCAACAGGCAACUGAUGUUUGGAAACUGGACAUUUGGCACCCUCGUGUUCACUGUGAUGGUCAUUACUGUUACGCUGAAGCUGGCUUUGGAGACUCAUUUCUGGACGUGGAUGAAUCACUUUGUGACCUGGGGCUCCAUCGCUUUCUACUUCAUCUUCUCUCUCUUCUACGGGGGAAUCAUAUGGCCGUUCCUGCACACGCAGGACAUGUACUUCGUCUUCGUACAGCUGCUUUCCAGCGGCUCAGCCUGGUUCGCCAUAAUCAUCGUCGUCAUCACGUGCCUGUUCCCGGACAUGGUCAAGAAGGUUUUCUACCGACACCUGCGGCCCACCAGCACCCAGAAAUCCCAGAUGUAUACCAACAGGGUCGUUAUAGGCGACGACUUCAUCGCUCUGCAGCCACUGUCCAGAGCCAAGAACCAGCUGGGCAGAAUUAGCUUAUUGAGACCUACCCGGGCACCAGCUGCAUGGACUCGGCCUGCUGCUUCUCCGGCAGGAAGGACGGGCGGGAGCGGCUGGGCCAGCUGGUGGAGCGAGUGAUGAGCCGCUACGGGCCCGGCCGGGUCACCAGGUGCGACACUGUCCCCCCCCGGGGCCUCUGACGCCGCCGCCGCCACAUCUCCCAUGGGCUGAGGGUGGAUCAGCCUGCCGUAUUGCGUGAGGAGGUGGUAGGAAGGUCUGUGUGUGUGAGUAGGGCAGCUAGAAGAAUGGAAACCUCAUACCUGGAUCUCCAAGAUAAAAAUGCAGGAGGCAGGAGUAGCAUUUGCUGGUCUUGGUCGCCUUUUUCCCUGGAAACAUCGUCUGGUAUUUGUGUGUGUCACGGUUGCUGGGAUACAUGUUAUUUCUCCAGAUUGCCUUCACUAAUGGUAUACGCCUUCGGUUAUUUUGACGAGCGCAAGUCAAUUAAUCAGAUCUUUGCAAAUCUCAUUAGCUCUCCUCCCCCCACACCAACCAGCCUACUCUCUUCUGAUGGUGGAGACUAAUUUCAUUGUCUGCUCUCUGAUGUAAUUGCAUUGAGGAGCUGAGCAGAGUUGGUCAUGGUGGCCUGGUCUUGACGGCCGCCCUGUGGGGCAUCCGCACAGACUCUGUCCUAUGCUGUAUCCCUCUCUUCAGGGUUAAUCUUUUUUUGUUUUCCUCGGUUUUAUAUACAGCAAACUUGUGAACUUGUUGUGAACCCGUUUCCCUUCUGACAGAUAUCUUAGAUUUGUAUUUAUUAGGAUAUACCUUUUUGUAACGUCCAGGCCUUGUUUUGUACUUCUUUUUGACAUUUGACAUGCCGAAGUGUUUUGUUUCAGUGGAAAAAGGAAUGGUAGCAUGCGUCUGUGAUGCUGUAUCGAGUCCCUUUCCUUGUCUUCACCUCCACUGUCAAUUCUUUACACCUUGGCUGUUACUGUCCUAAACUGGGGAAGUUAAAUCUCCCCCAAAUCUCCCUUAAAGAAAAAAAAUAAUGCAUGAAACCCGGACUGCUAGUCGCCUACGUCUUAAUGCAACAGCACUGCCACCAAUAGGGAGAGGGCAGGAAACGCUGAAUGUCCGAGACUCCGCCCCCUCCGACAGUGGGUCACCACCUCGGGCUGCUGAAGGCUUUAUCCGGCGGCCUAGUCACGGGACCAAAAGCGAUGAUCUGGAAACCGCCGCGUUUCAAAAAGUACUACUGCAUAUUUAGUGACUCUUACCUUAAACAUGAAGCCUUAUUGAGGAAAGUCUCAAUCGCAUGGGAACUGCCUUUGAUAUUUUAUUUGAAAACGCCGUAUAUUGCAGAAGAUUUUUAGUUUUCUCUGAGUUUGUCUGAAGGUCCUUUCUUCCUCAGUAGCUGAAAAUUCUUUGUAUUUUUUUUUGGGGGGGCCACACAAGAUAGGAGGAAAAGAUGUUUCCAGAUUGCCCAAGUAUAUCUAUCGCUGCUGUGAGAUAUCUGGGGAUGGUAUUUCACAGUGAUGUGAUGUUUAUCCAAAUAUUAAUGUACCGGUCUGUGUUUUUCCUAAAUUGUCAACCAUAUUAGUUGCAGGUGAGACACUUUGUCUAACCGACAGGAAUAGCUGGAAUUUGAGCGGUGACUGUUUCUGUUUGUGUGGUUGGAUAUGCGUUGCUUUUUUGGCAAGAUCUUAAAACGGUUGUCUGUUGGAGCAUCCGAACAUUUUAUGACAAAGCGCUUUAAAAGUCUGUUAAAAUGUAAUACUUCAGUUAUCUAAAAAUAUCUAUUUGAGUAUAAAGUAUAAUUAGCUAAGUAGAAUAUUUUCAUAUAUCUGUGUAAUGGAAUGUGUCAAAAUGUGAACUGAGAAUGAGAAGGUAAACAGGUAUGUGAAUCGCGUUGUGGCAUACACAUGCGCCCUCUAGUGGUACUGUAGACCAAGGCCCGUGUGCCUUUCCCACAGUGUAAAGAUUUCUCGUAUUUCAAGGGCUCCUAUUAAUGCUCAAUAGGAAUGCUACAUAUUUUUUUACGCUGGGUAGAUUCGUUAAAUCAAGAGAAGCCAUAUUUUAUUUUAUUUUUUGUUUCUUUUCUGUACAGUUUGAUAUUUAAGUGAUUUUGGGUGAUUGCAUUUAAAGGCAGGUAACAAAUAUACUACUAAACGUAACACUAAAGUUGUACAUGUGUGGUGUAUUCAAAAAUGUGCAAUAGCUUGAGAAUGAGGAAACUGUAGGUUUUUGCUGCCUCUUGUGUGCGUCACGUGAGUCAUCUGGUACUAACAUCUGCCGCACCUCAUCCAGUCCUGCAUGGCUGCUCUCCUGCCUGUCUGUGUGCGACGGCUGUGUUAAGUCAUGUCCAGAUGUUCAGGUGGUAUAGUCUAGCAGGACUGCAGCAACUGCGCAGCUCCCAGCGCGGUGCAGGUCCUCUGCUGCUAGAUGGUAGGUGGAUGUUGAAAGGUGUGGGGGUGGGGUUAGUGUGGUGGGCGGGGUUUGUGGUGGUGGGCGGGACUGGGGCGGGGUCUGUCUAGCUCAGUCAUGGUCUCCCAGUCUUCCAGACAGCCAAUCCCUAUUCUUAUCCAUUGUUCUUGCUGCAUGCAGAUGGUGGAGAGACUCGGAUCCCUUCUGUUCCAAUGACCGGAGCAUCCUGACACACUCCACAGUGGAGGCCACACGUUGCUAGGGUGCCGGAGAGGCGCUUGCAAACACCCAGAAGCAGCCCCCCCACCCCCCGCCCUGCUUUUAGUGCCACCACGGGGAGGAACGCGGAGCCGGUUGGCCCGGGACCCGCCUAACUCGCGUUUCCUCUGUAAAUAAAGGUUUAGUUACACCAAAGAUGAGCAGUCCAGUGAUGGAUUUUGUCAGGCUUCACUUAGUACAGAAUAGUCUGCUUUGCUCUGGUAGAUAUCUGCUGCUUUACCUUAAGACUGUUUUGGAGGGCCUGUAUUUCCUGAGGAAAACAGGUGUCCUUUUUAAGCCAUAUCCCUUCUUUUUUUUUUGGUGCACCUGAUAUUUAAGGAAUUACAUUGAAUCGGUACUUAUGUCUAUUGAAUGACUGGAUACCUCUCCUCCCCUUUCCCAAAAUCAUUACGCAUAAAUGUCUGGAAUGGUCUGCUUAGCUUAACAAAGAAGUUAUUGAAGAAUUCCUGGAAUGUCGAAAAUGGUUUCAAGAUGACCGUUUUCACUCGUUUGAAGUCUUGUGUACCAUCAUCUUGGUUUUUUUUUUCUACAUGCCGUCCGUCACCUUCGCACCAGCAUGUCAUUGACGUUCACGUAAUCGUCCUCGUUGCUGUGUGCCGUCAUUUAUGUUGCUACUAACUGCUUGUUUUGUGACAUGAUGCGUGUUUCCAGCACCGGGCAAGUGAAUGUGGUAGCCCACGCAUAUCACUUGGCCGGCAGCGAUGACCUGCAUUCCUAUCGUUAGGGCAGGGGUUAGGGGGUAAACAAGACAACCGUUUUAAACUUACCGCUGCGAGACGUGAAUGCUUCUCAAAGGAUAUUUGGGGGAGACGAGUAUCCCAGAAGGACAUAUCCUGCAGAAGCUUGCCCUCCAGGAUAACUGCAAAUGGGCUGGACUUGAUCUCCUAACUCGUGAAGAUACCUGGAUUCCACAGCGUAGACAUGAAGAUACAUGACAAUGCUGCCCCAGCUGUGAUUUCUCUUCUACCCCCUUCGUCGUCACAUCGCCAGUUACGUGAACGGGGAAUUUUAGAGGUUUUUAAGCUGUGCGAUGGAGAUAGCUGCAGGUCCAGACUGGGAACUGUGGACCGUCAUGGAGUUGCUUGUGGUUUGCUUUUCUCCUGGUUUUUGGUCCUCUGAAUGUACUUUUGGUCUCCUGUGAUAUUUCAGAUGUAUUUUUACUGCCCUGCGGCAGCGUCCGUCCGUCCCAAACAGUGAGCUUUAGACCCUAAUUGUUCUACGUAGUGGCAGAACUCGUGACGCAUUAGCAAUAACACCCCAAAAGGACCUCAGACAUCGUUUUUGUUGCAUCGACUUUAUUUCUGUGUUGUUUUUCAAAUAAAUCUUAUUUUUGUCUGUUUACUGUAUUCCUUUUGUCAACAAAGGCAUUUUUUGCUUAUGUGUGAGGACUAUGCUAUUUACAGAAUAAAAAGUUGAAGAAGA